CGGGCCAGGGCGGCCAUGCUCGCUCCCUCCUCCCGUCCGCAAGACGCUGCCGCCAUGGCAACGGGACCGUCCCAGUGCGCUCGGGCGCGGGGGUGUCGCUGCUCCCGGCGGCCCCGCAGCCCGGCACGACCAGUGCUCCGGGGACAGCGAAAGCUCCGCGGAGCUGUACCGAACCCAGACGGGGAUACUGGAGGGCACGCGGCGCCCCUGGGCAGCGGCCGGGCGAGGGAAGGGAAGAGGCGAGGUGGUCGCGUCCGGCUUCCUCCGGUACCGCGGCUGCUUCCGGGCUCUCAUCAUGGGGGACUGAGGAGCAGCGCCGGCCGCCCGCGUCCUCCCCGCCCGGCCCGGCCCGAGCCCUCCCGCCCUCGCCCCCCCCCCCCCCCCCCCCCCCCCGCCUCCCCUCGCCCAGUCUCUGCGAAGCGGCGCCAGCCUCCUCGGGGAGCGGCCGGGGGAGGCGCCGGGUUCAUGUUCCGGGUCGCUGAACCUACCCCGACCCGAGCUCAGGCGGCGAGGCAGAGCUGGCAUUUCAGUAGGACUAUGGAGGAGCUGGUUCAUGAUCUGGUGUCGGCACUGGAAGAAAGUUCAGAGCAAGCCAGAGGAGGUUUUGCUGAUACUGGAGAUCAUUCUCGGAGCGUGUCUUGUCUUCUAAAGAGACAGGCAAGGAAAAGGAGGGGACGGAAAAGACGUUCAUUUACCACCCAUCACCCCUGGGAGACUGGUCACUGCCUAAGUGAAGGCUCCGAUUCCAGUUUGGAGGAAUCAAACAAAGACUACAGGGACAAUCAUGCUACCAAGAAAGACCACAGUGAUUCUGAUGACCAGCUGUUGGUUGCUAAACGUAGGCCUUCCUCAAACUUAAAUAACAUCAGGGGGAAAAGACCUCUGUGGCAUGAACCAGAUUUGGCUGUGGACAGUUUGGGAAACAGAACUUUGCGCAGGAGGAGAAAGGUAAAACGCAUGGCAAUAGAUCUGCCAUCAGAAGUCUCUAAUGCACUGACAAAAACUCAACAGCACGAUAACAGCAGAGAUCAAGAAAUGGACAAUAACAAUAAAUCAUACCAGCACCAGGAGUUUUCCAAGAGCAAAGUGAAAAAAAGAAAAGUAUCUGCAGCUCGACAAGGUCCAGAAAUCUUGGAUGAAGGAGUAGUUAUAGAAAAUGAAGAAGUGAAUCAACCAAAUAAGGACAAAAUGGAAUAUGAGGAGCAAAAAGGCUCAGAUGAGAACAUGAGUGACAGUGAAUCCAGCAGUCUGAGCAGCAGUGAUGCUGGUUUGUUUACCAAUGAUGAGGGAAGACAAGGUGAUGAUGAGCAGAGUGAUUGGUUUCACGAAAAUGAAUCUGGUGGAGCGUGUGGAAUUACAGGGGUCAUUCCAUGGUGGGAACAAGAAGACUCCACAGAACUGGAGAGAGAAUUGCCUGAUCCAGUCUUUGAAAGUAUCUUAACUGGUACUUUUCCUCUUAUGUCCCGCUCAGGGAGGAGAGGUUUCCAGAGUAGAUGUAGUCAUCUUCAUGGAAUGCCAGCAAGAAACAUAAAAAAGGCUUCAGGAAACCAGAAUGCGCUGAUAACUACAGGACCCGGAGGUAGCAGGAAAACAGUUCACUUGUCCCAGGAUUCUCUUCACCAUGAUCACUGGUUUAGCCCUGGGGCUAGGAAGGAACAUAGCCAGCUUCAACUCUUGCGAGACAACCGCUCAGAGAGGGGACACAAGAAGAGCAGCUCUGUAAAAACAGCCAGCAGGCAAACCAGUGUGCAUUUAGGAUCAUUGUGCAUGGGAGACAUCAAGCGGAGAAGGAAAGCUGCUCCCCUGCCAGGACCCACAGGGUUUGUAGGUGAAAACACCCAACCAAUCCCAGAAAACAACAUUGGAAACAGAAUGCUUCAGAGUAUGGGCUGGACCCCAGGCACGGGUCUCGGACCAGACGGCAAAGGGAUAGCAGAGCCCAUACGAGCCAUCCAGAGACCCAAAGGACUUGGACUUGGAUUUAGCUGACAGAGAUAAAAAUAAAGCUCAAAAUUAAUUUAAAAAGAGAAAAAGAAAAAGGAAAAAAUGGCAAACAUAUUAUUUGUUGUGAUCGGCAAACCAGUUUUUCUUCUUUUAAAGUUGGCUGAAGUCAACAAGCUUCACACAAGCUCCACCAGCUGCAAGGUACAGCCACAGUGACACAACCGGCAUUCGAGUCUAACUUCAUAAUGGUGCUAAAAUGUACAAAAACUUCUACUUUUUUAUUUUCUGUGGUCUUAAUGUUUGUAUUAAGCAUAAAAUUCAGUAUACUCACCUUUUUUGAUAAAGGCUUCUGACACAGCAGGUUUUAGUAUAUAAGUAAAUUUUGUUUUGUAGGUAUAAUUUCAUCUCAAGAGCCCUGAUAAGAUUUGUUGAGGAAAAUGGAACUUUUUACAGUUAUUGUGGCUUCCCCCUUUCCAGGCAAAGUUUCCAAACCUGGUAUUUAUAGCGUUUAACGAUAUUUAGAUAUAAGUUGUCAUUAUGGCCAUAAUACAUACAUGUUUCCCACUGGAAGGUGAUAUGGUAUGCAGUUUUGUCUAAGAACAUGAAAAGCAGCUUUGUUGUCAUAGGAAUCCCAUUCCAACACCAUUUUCUGGCAAUUUAUUGCUGUCUUCCACAUUCAAGCUGAAAAGUAAUGCUUUUAUACUUGUUUUUACGUUUACAAAAUUAUUUUUCCUCAGCAAAUAUUUUACAGAGUUAAAGUUUACUCUAACUUUGGCUUUCCCUUCAUAUUAAUAUUCCUCAGUGUUGCCACAUUUAAGAAUAGUUUGAGCUUUGAGACAGGAAAUUGUAUUUCAGAGAUGACUGUGUUUCAGUGUUUAUUCUGGGGUUUGGCACAUUUUAAACAAUGCAGUGUUCAACAUGGUGUUAACGUUUGGUUUGUGACCGAGCUGUUGCCAAUGAGCCACAACCUUUAAGGAUCAUGAACAGAAAAAGGGAAGGAGAAGCAGGAUUAGGAUGGAGGAGAGAAAGGAAAAAGAUACUUUGAUGGCAUCUCACAAAUCUAAGCUAGCAAUUUAAAAUCAAGAGAGAUCAUUAAGUGUUUUAAUCAGUAUCCUAAUGUAUCUAAUGUCAGCAGAAGCAAUUUCAUUAAGCACCAACCAAUCAAGCUCCUAGGGUACUUAUUAGUCUGCAGGAUAAAACAAAUUCCACUUUAAAAUUAAAUGAUAGGGCUGAAGGAAACUGUUUUUCAGAGGGACUAAGGAGAAAAUCUCCCCUCUCACCACCCUUGCCUCUAGUAGCUGGCAAUAUUUACCCUCAUUGCAGAGGCAACAGGAUUUGAUUCUCCAGUCUUUUUUUUCUUCAAGAGGAGUAUCUCCCUUCCGCAGCUCCCAGGCUGCAGAGAAAAAUAUUUAGUUCCAGAUGCUUGCAAAGAUAUUUAUUUAGGAUAAAAAGAGCACAGCUUUGUUCAUGCAGCUGUGAAAUAUAGUGAUUAAUUUUAAGACGUGUUUUUAUUACUUUCCUUUUUCUCUCAGAUUCACCCAUUUUUACAGGAAAAUAGUAGCAGGAAGAGGAAAACCAGCAGCAUUAUAGCAUUAAAUUUGCUUGAAAGAAAUGUUCAUAUUUUCUAGUGUGAUUACUGUCAGUUUGGGGAUGUUGUUCCAGCAUACCACCAUAGUGUAGAGAUUACAGAUUAGUACCUGAUGUUGUUUGUGUAAUAGUUGAAUGCACAUGUUCUUUGAGUUUCAGGAAGACUAUUUAUUGCUGUUUAAAUACUUUGUAUGAUUGUGUGGUUUUACUUUUUAAAAUUAUAAGAAAUUUUAAACAGAAUUGGGAUUUAUAUAGCAAAAGAUACUUUUUAUUGUAAGGUUUUGGGGCAUAGCAUAAUGUGAGUUUGCCACUUCAGAUGUCUCUUGCACAACUGAACUUGGUUAAAUACAUUCCAUAUCCAAAGAAUUUCAAGGCCACAUAGUUACAAAGGGCCAAGAGCCUGGAAUUCUGCUGCUGGCAGAGGUGCCCACUUGUGUGUUAUUCCAAAUAAUGCAUUUCUGUGCCCUGCACCUGUUCUGUCAGUGCCAUGUGCUCCUGAGAGCAAGUGAACUCUGACAGCCUCUUUGUUUUGCACAUUGCAAUCAGAAAUCCCUUAAAAUAAUUAAAACAUGUGAAUUGCAAAAGUGCAUCUUUUAAGCUCGGUUUGUUGUAGCUCUAUCUGCAAAACUGUGAAAGAAUACUCAGUCUGUUAAAAUUCCACUGUUUUGCUUUAGUUCCAGCACCUGCAUGUCUUGGACUGGAAGUAUGGCACCUAUAACACUUCUUUGAAGUAUUUCUGUGCCAUUUACCAUAACAGUAGUUUCUCAAGGAAUAAGUGUAGAGCCCCAAAGUACUUGAAACUGUUUCCUGUUUUUAUAAGAUAAGAGGGAAAUAAUGCAUAAAUGUUGAGGAAAAACAUCUUUAGUUCAUUCAACUCUUUUUUCAUGCAUUCCUACAGGUGCAGUGAAGCAGACAGCCUAGUAGCCUGUCACAGUGGAAGAACUAUGUAAUCAGAUUGAAAAUCUUAAAAUUUUUUGUUCUAAAUCAGCCUUUUAGUGAGCAUCUAUUAGACAUUAAGAUUAAACUGGUUUUGAUAUAGUGAUAGAUACACUUUGUUUUCCCCAGGCACAGCUGACAGUACACUUUAUCUGUUAGAAGCUGUAGAACAAAGUGAUUUAUUAAAAUGUUUUAAUGUAGUGUUUUCAGAUAUUUGUUGUGCAGGAAAAUUCCCAUUCUGGCUCACAGUGUGAUUUCAUUUUUCCACAUGUCACAGGAGUGGUUUUAAAGAUACUCCUGCAGUGUGAUUUCAUACAGUUAAAGCUAGUGUUAAGAAACAAAACAAAAAUUAAUUGCGGGUUUGUUUUUUUUUAAAGCCAUUGCAAUGUUACCUGGCUUUGAAACAGGUCAAAAUACUUGGAUUUACUGUUCGUUUUCUUGAGAUCUUUCCUAUAUCUGACCUGUAAUCAUACUAUGGCACCUGCUAUAAAGCUGGAACACAUUAUUUUAAAAUGCAUAUACCGUUUUUUCAAAUAAUAAUUCUUUAUGCCUGUGACACUGAAGUUUUUUGCCUACAUAAAUAAAUAUGAGGUCAUCUUGUAUCUAAAAGUUGUCAUCCAUCACUUGCCAGAUUCUUUCCAUUUAAGUAUUUGAAUCAUUAGCUCAGCUGUUACCAUAAUAUUCUUCCUCUGAAGAAUGUGUAGUGAAGAGAAGAGACAUUGCCUAUUAUCAGCACUACAUUUUGCUACAUGUUCCAUGGUGUCUCAAAGUUCUGUGAAUUGAGCCAUUAACUGUUAAUAAAAGAAACCCAUGAGCAGUAUCUUAUUUCUAAAUGAAUAUUUGUCAAAGUCAGAGAAGCAUUAUCAAUAUGCUUGUUUUAACAAGUUUGUCCCUGCAUUUGUCUUUCUGCAGUUAGGUCAAUAAUGGGUGUAGAACAGCAGUAAGUAGCUAAAUAAUAUGUAUAGAACGCUUUGCUUUAACAACACAAAUGCAAGAUGGAAUAAAAUAAAUAUACUCGAUUCUUCAUGGGCUUUGUAUGUUCUUUUGUCUAAACUACCCUUUUCAGUAGUGUUGUUAUUGCACGGGUGAGUACAAAAACAUGCUGUUUCUGGAAAUAUAAUUAAAGUGGCUAAUAUCAUGUACCAAGUAAAUGCAUACUAUGUUAAGCUAUUACACUGCCUUUUAUGUACCUUUUUACUACUACUUCUUUCCUAGGUUAUUAUUAUCCUGCUGAAGAGGUUACACCACAAUAUCAGGAAAUGCCUCGUUUAAGAUGUUUGCAGUACUUUUGUUAUCAUAUUCUUCUAAGACUUCUAAGUACAAGUUCCCUUCACUCCUUAGGUAUGUGUAUACUUUGAUAACCGUGACAGGGCCUUGUGCUUUCUCUUCAAACAGUUCUCCAGAAUUGUUCGUCCAAGGAAAACUCUCACAACCCUUCUUUUAUUUUCCCUGUCCCCUGCUCCCAGAGCACUUUCAGUAAAGGCAUAUCAGAAAUGGGAAUCCCUCCCCUCUUAAUCAAGAAACUUUCUAAUUAGACUUCCAUCCCUAGCAGAGUUUUCAGGACCAGUGGAGUAGCUGCAAAAGGGUUAGCACACAUUUACUUGCAACUGAGCACAUUAAGUUGUUUGGGCUUCUCAUGAUUCUCUUCUGUCCUACAACAAAACAGCUAUUGCUGCUAUUUUGACCAUGUUGCUUGUAUUUGAAUAUUCAGUCAUUAAGUAAUAGAUUAUGUAAGCUUGAUCUCCCUCACCAAUGAGACCUGGUUUAUAACAGCUAUGAAAAGUGGUUUAAAUUAAUAUGAGGUAUUCCAUCUAUAGAAGGUUGUUAUUUUGGCCUGUUGAUGUCAUUGCUAUGAUGAAUUUAAGUAUUGGGGACUUUGACUUCUGAAGCUGUGAAUAUAAGUCAUUAGCCUCUGAGGUAUGUAUGUGUUGUUGUAAAUAUAUGAGCUUAUUAAAAUGUCAUUCAGAAUAUUUCAUCAUAGAUAUGCUCAUUUCAGUUGUGCCUUGUCCAUAAUGUUGUCUUUCCUUCUUAAUACUUGUCUGUUUUUCUGAAAAACUGCAGCCCUGUGUGUGUUUUUAAGUGAUAAUACUCAGUGUUUCCUCUCUUGAAGCAUAAUCUCUUGUAUGUGGCAGGUGAUGCCACUCAAGAUUUUCUAUCAUUUCUGCUACUCUACAGAAGUUGCUUUUCCAGCCCCUUCCUAAGCCAGUUUCCUGAAGGGCCACCUGCUGCCUUCAUCAGUUUUAAGAGAUUUUUACACUGAGAACUUGGGAUUUCUUUGUCCUUGACAAGGCUGUUGUGUUGGUCCCUCUCCUUCCUGUCCCCAAGUCAGUGAAAGAUUUGUAAUACUUUGUGCAUGUAUCUGCCAUUGGCUUCCAAAUGUGAAGUACUGUCUAAAAAUAAGCAGCAUGGGAGAAUUUGCAGACUGUGGCUGUGACUUUCUUCCUUGUAAAAGAUACAGGUCCUAAAUUUUCCAUGGCAUCAGAGUUCCCUCAGGUCCCAGCUGCCUGUUUGCAGGAUUGUGCUGGCCCAUCUUCAGCACUGAGCUCUUCUAGAGCUGCUCUUUGGCUGUGGUAAUGUACAGGUUAGCUGGUGGGUAAUGUCAGUCUGUCUAUCCUUGCAGUGUCCACAGCAAUACAUUCCAGCAUUGUGGGGAGUCGGGCUGCCAUGUCAGCCUGGAAUAGCUUAAUUUUGCAGAGUUCAAAAUCAGGCACAGCAAGCCAGUCAUAUAGGGUUGUCAGUUUAGUAUUCAGGAGAUGAUUUUGUAGGUGUGAUGGGGUCUUUUUUGUCAAUUCAAAAAGAGUGUAGCAGGAAAGUAAGAGUUGCAGAUAAUGGAAGGGAACAAAAAUCACUUCUGAAGCUGUGAUACAGUGAGAAGUUUGAAAUUUCUUAAAUUUGGGGGCAGAUGAGUAAAGGAAGUCAUGCAUCAGAUACACAGAGAAAGAAAACGUUAAUGUUCCUAGUAAUAUUUUCUUUAAUUUACAAACAAGGUGUUAGUGUUUGGCAAAACAGGCUCAACAUUUUGACCCACGACUGAAGAAUGCUGGAGGUUUCAAUGCCUGAGGUGAGGUAAACUUCUCAUGCAUCUGCUACUUUGAAUCCUACAAACUUUCUCUGCAAGUCAGCUUAUUCUACACCUGUCCACACUCAAUCUUUCUCCAUCUUCUCAAGCUGCUUUAUUGUUUGUGCUGGACCUCAGAUUGCUCGCUGCAUGUCCAUUCCCAUGAGUUUUGUUUUCUUUUUUUAAUGAGGUGUGAUUUUUUUAAUCCUCUUACUUGGAAGUUGCCUAUAAUGUUGUUUUAACUCACUAUCCUACAAGGUAGAUUUGAGUAGUUCAAGGAGAUUCUUUGAAGAAUCAGCACAAAUGGGUUCUAGUUUUUCCUCCCAUAAAAUGUUUCUGCUUUUUUUUUAUGUCUUUGAAGACUUCUACUGCUAUUCACAAAUUCUUUCUCUCUUGCUCAAACUUGAUUGUUUUCUUACAGAAUAUUGUAGUGGAGUACAAGAAUUUUUCUGAUUGCAUUUGCAAGUAUGCAGAUUUUCAAUUUCGUGCCUUUUGUUUCAAGUCCUCAGAACUAAGUUUGAAUUCCACAUGUUGCUUUUUUUUUUUUUUCCCCAAAAGUUCCAGGUUAUCCAGAUGUUCUACCUAUUGUGAAGAAAGUGUAAUGUUUAUCUAAAAUUUUCUAGAUGCCAGAUUCUCAGUAAAUGUGGCACUGGCUCACUUUUCCCCUAGUAUCAAGUAUGAUCUGCAACAUGAACCAUACAUAUGUAAAUACAAGAUGCAAAAAAAUGUUUAAUGAAAAUGCCCGUGAUACUCAGUAUGUUAAUUUGGAUUAAACUCAAACAGUUCCACUGUCUGGAAGAACAGUUUACAGAUUUCUUUUUUAUAUGCCUUAUUACUGUAAUAGGAGAUUUUGAGAGUGAACUAGUAAUGAUUUUAAGGGUUUUCAUAAUGUGAUGUAAAUAAUAAGUAACACAAUUACCUAGUUGCCUUUAUACUUACUGUGGUGUGUAAGCUGAUAUAUUUUUCAUCUUCUGUUGUCAGUGAGCAUGUGAAUUACAUUUCUUACUAACUGAAUUUAGGCAAUUUCUAUCCAUUGCCCGUGAAGAUAGGUCAGCUGCUAAACAGUAGCUCUUGACCAGGAAUUUUAUAGAACACAGAUAUGGACAGGAAUGAUAGCACUGGCAAAAGUGUUGGAAUAGAGAUCACUUUUCAACCUCAACAGUGUACCUACCUGCAGUUUUCCCAGUAAGCAUUGGGUCUUCCUUAGUAAAGGUUCACAGUGUAAUGGUGUCAGGAGUAAGACCUGCAACCUGGAGUCUCAGAAUUUGAUACCUGUUUCACUGUUACUGCUAACAUUAGAAGUGUUCCUCCCGCAGCUGGGUUCCCUCUCAAACAUGCAGGGCUGUGAAUGGACACCACUCCAGGACAAUAGAGGCACUUUGCAAUGGGUAGGGUGCCUCAGGUGCUGCCUUCCUCUUGGGCUUUCCUUCAAUAGAAUAAAACCUGAAUUUGCACUAUGAUCAGCCAAAUCUGUGACUUCAGAGGAAAAAGAUCUGCUCCUUAGGAUAAGGGUAUUCUUAUAUGAGAUCUACAUCUAUAUUCUUCAAAAAAAAAGUAAAAAUUUUUGUGCCAGAUAAUGUUUAUUCAGCAAAAUCUAGUGGUCUGUGAAAUUUUCUAAUAAACUGCAGCCAAGACACAGUGUAUUCCAUGGGUUAGUCAGAAACUAAAUUACCUAGUUCUGCGUUACUAGUCCUUCUCCAUAGGCUCAGGUACAGUCUCCCUUCUGGAAGAUGAAAGAACCUGGAAGCCUUGACAGUUUGAGGCCCCUGAAAUCGUCUGGAUUCAGGCCCUGUAGAGAAGGUCUUCCAGUGUCUCUCCAAACUUGAAUGCUCCCCACCACAGAGCACAGAACUGCAAAACCUGAAAUCACCUUGUGGCUUUUGUAGUUCUAGUAUGGGUCAAUCAUUGGAGGCUGCCCUUACAGCAGUUUCCAUGCUUCCAGCUCAGGAAGAUGCGUUUGGGGAGGCUGGGGAGGCAGGGAUGGCCAGGCUUCCUGCUGGGGAGCUGCUGACUGGGCAGGUCUAGAGGCUCCAAGUACACAGCAAGGAGCAUCAGCUCAAUAAAGUGUGUUUUGGACAACACAUUCUUACUCCUUAGCUUCUUUUGGAAUUGUUGGAAUGUCCUAUGAAGAACAGCAUCCAAGGCAAAUUUCACUGCAGGUUUAAGGAAGGGUCGGCACAUCUCUGUUUCUGAAAGCAUUCUGAGUUAGCAGUAAUGUCCUGGUAAAUGAAUGUAAGUACAGGUUUGGGCUUCCCAGAAGGGUCGUGGUGAUCGGGGAGUUUGUAACCACUGCUGUGGGAUUUUGUUCCAGGCACAGGCUGCCAUCUCACCAGCCAUCUGAGAGGUUCAUGCGCUUCAAUGCAGGAUUGGUUAUACAUGCAGAUUUUUAGGCAGUGGUUUGAGAAAGAAAUCACUACAUGACUUAAUUAUACUGGCCCAUGACAAAAAGGUUGCAAGAGAAGUAUUGGCAAGAGAAAUAUUCUGUUACGGUUUUUGUCACCAUCCAGGGUAGUGGAUCUUUGAAUACUUUUGGCCAGAACCCCAUCCCUUUGCUGUGUUUGGACCAGGUAAAUCAAACAAAGCAAAAUUGAAAAAAAAAAUUAAAAAAAAAAAAGGAGUUUACUGUGUAAUUGAGAAAAUUAUUUGCCUGCGUGAGUCUACACAAACAAACACGUGUGUAUGCAUAGAGGUGUAGAUCUCUGUGAAGAACAAUGUCAUACAUGAAAUAAUGGAAACAGUGGUUAAAUACUGGGCCAUUUGGUAUGUGGCCAUCCCGUGAACCUCACAGAAGUGUGACAAAACCUCUGGUUCUGCCGAGCCUGCCUGACUUAGAGGGAGUGUGUUGCUUUCACAAAAGUCAAUCAAUCUGCAAUGUAUUGUUUCAGAUUCUGCCUUUAUGUAAACCUAGCCAGGUUUUUAGUUGUCUUCUUCCUAAUCAGUGGUAAAGUGCAUUUAAUAGCUCACUUAAGGUGUCAUCCAUUACUAUGAGUUACUGUUAGAACUAAUUAAUAGAGCUGAAACUAUUUUGUAAUGAGAAAUUGAAGUAUUGCAGUGUUGAGAAAAAAUUACCAUUCAUAACUAAUUAACGUUUAACAAUGCAAA